AUGCUUGGCUUCCAGUACGUCGUCGCGAAGUCACGUGAGCUCUCGUCAGCGCUAGAUCGCGAGUUAUUAGCCGCUAGUACUCGCUCGAUUCCCUUUCGUUCUAUCUCUAACAGUUCAUCUGUCGAAACUGCGGCGUCAAACGAUCGUCACGUUGCUACAGAAGCCUCGACAGCGUCUUCCUUCAUCGUCCGUAAUGAGGGUCAUACAUUUCUUCGUGCAUGGGAUAAACUGCAUGCUGAAACUGUGAUGAACCACCAGAAAUUAAUGAAAAGUGGCCAGGAACUUGACGCUACCUUAUGCCAGACUCGAGUUAUGCUGCAGACGCAAGCAGCAAGUGAGCAAUUUUUGUCUCAGAACUUUUAUCUUGUGUCCAAAGUGCGACAACAGCUUGCAGGAGUCCGCAGAUUGGUGCUUAAACUGGCUAAAGAGGCUGAAGAAGUCGAGAAUUUACUGAUAGAGCGCUGCGAGGAGAAUGUGGCACAGCAAAACGCCGAGUUUGCGGCCAAGCAGCAGCAAGAGCUUGAGAACUUUGAGGCGAGCAUUGCCAAGGAGUCGGAAGGUCGAAAGCGCGAGCUGCUGGAGAGGAGACGACAGAAGUUGGCCAGCGCUUUCAUGAACGAUCUGAGAACGUACCAGACAUUGAAGUCUCAUCAUGGUGAUGCAACUGCGAUGGAAAUGUUAGCAGUGAAGGAAGAUAAGGAGAAGGUGACGUUGGACGAAGUAGACUUGAUUAUCACGGCCGAUUCUGAGCAAUUGGAUGCGUUCUAUGAUUCUGCGUCGGAACAAGAAGAGGAGGAAUUUAACAAUUUGAGGUUGGUAACGCCACCAGUGCCAAAGGAAUUGGUGGAGAAAGAAGAGGAGAAAAGCACAGAUAAGGAGAAUGAGCUAGUAGAGGAGAAUGAUGUUGAAUGGGAGAAUACGCCAGAAAGAGUGGAAGUAUCGAUGGGUCAAAAGGGUGAUAAAAUAAGCAAAUUGGCAAAACCUUUGGACGUGGAGCAGGCCAAAGAGGUUAAAAGUACUGAUGCAUGA